GAGUCAGCAGUGAGCAUGGAUUUCAGAAUGGGAAAAUCAACUGUUAUUUUGUUAAGUAUAGGAAUGUUUGUGUUUUGUAUGAGUUUUGUGAUCUGCGAUGAUAAGACUGAUGAUGUUAAUAUGGAUGAUGAAACCUUAGAAUACGCCAAGGGCUCAGUUUGCGGCUAUUGUUCGUAUUGCAAGUUUUGUAAACUUUGCGACGAGGACUGUCCUUGUGAUACGAGCCCGAGUCAGCCAAACUGUAAAAUGUGUAAAUAUUGCAAAUAUUGUUACCUAUGCAAGGGUGUUUGUGACACCAUAUGUAAACCAGGUGGAAUAGUGGACAAGGUUUCUGCUGCUAUUGUGAACUCUCUGCCCUAUGCCAACCGUGAUGAGAUUGACAAAGAUAUAGACUCUGUAAAAAGCUGGAUAGAUAAAACAAAGGAUGAGUUGUAAAUCAAAUUGUAUAAUAUGUGUGUCUGUUUUAUUUUGUUGUGGUCUGUGUGAUAUGAUUUAUCUAGAGAGCAAAGAAGCAAAUAUCUCAUUUAGUAACAAAAUUGUAUUCUCUUGUGGUGUAUAGAUAGCUGUUAUGUGAUUUUGUGCAAAUGAGACUAAAGAUUGUCAUUUACCUGAAAAACCGAAACUAUGAUAAUAGUAAUGUAUUUGAAAACGUGCCUGAAAGUCCGUGAAACUUCUGGUUAAAUAACCAGUUAAUGUGUAAAACGUGAGAUCAAUUCGCUUGUGUGAUUGUGUGUUUUUGAUGAGAAUUACAAAUGCUAUGCGAUCCAGCUUUGUGCUUUUUUUGUAGAUCUGUAAGAAAUUGCCAUACAAAACCUGUUUAGAGAACUUUAGAGAAGUAAUCGCUAGAUAGGAGUGGAUGGUUGGUCAUCAGUGUAAUAGACCUAAAGCUAGUGGGACAUUGCUCUAGACCAUAUUCGUGAACGAUCAAUUUUUUACAUGGGCAGGUGAAAAUAGAAUCAAACAACCUAAUAGUGUUUCACAAAUACUGACUUAUGCUGACUAGUGCACUGGCAUGUGCAACCAGUAGAUACAAACGUAUGUACAUUUCACUGUAUUGGCUCUCCUGGUGUCCCAGUUAUCAUUCAUUAAAUCGUGCAUUCACGAAACUUUCAGAUAAAACGGUGUUAUAUUUAAAUGUACAGUACCUCUGCACGUGAGUCUUUUACUCCUAAUUGGUGUGAAAUGUAUGCAGUUUUUAUGCGCAGUAUUUCCUGUAGAUGUACAUCUAAAGCACAAGGUGACGUUAACUGUACACAAGUUCUCGCGGAGAUUCUUAUUCUCAUAGAGAGACACAAUCUGGUAUUACAUACAUGUUACUUCUAGACGUAAUUUCUGUAACCUUAGGGUUACGUGGGAAGGUCUGAUAGCAACUUCAGGAUGGUCGUGGGUUUCCCUCGGGCCCUGCCCGGUUUCCUCCCACCAUAAUGCUGGCCGCCGUCGUAUAAGUGAAAUAUUCUUGAGUAAAACACCAAUGAAAUAAAUAACCAAAUGUCACAAUGUGUAGGUCCAAUCUUAAAGUGAACAUAAAGUCAAGCACUAAAGCUGAAUUUAUGAAGUGGCAUUCCAGAAAUGUUCUUAAAAUAUUUAAAAAGAUCUUCACCGCUUAUCAACAGUCGUCAGUACUUAGCCACUCAUUUGGUGACGCCAUUUUGCCAUUUUACAGCUAACUAGAGCGACGUCACAAAACCUAGGAGCUCUCCCGUACCAUGAGUAUUGAAUAAUGUGACAAAUAGACAAUACAAACUAAAACCCCAGAUACCCAUCUAAAGAGUAUCAGCUCUGUUCCUUGUUCAAAAGGCCGAUGUUUUUUGUUAGUUUGGCGCACGGUCAGGCCUAUGGUCUUGGACAUAAACCUGCUUCAGCGGUUCUUGUCCUCGUCUUCCAUAGGUGUAAGCAUUUGGGUUAGCCGGCUGUACCGACUAGAGGAAUAUAGCGAACAUAGCAGGACCUUCUGAUUCUCAUUCCCAUGCUUAUAAAAGUUAAUCCCCAAAUUCAAUUUAUUGAAUCGAUAUCUGUCUAUCCCCUUUAAGAAACGAUACGGACAAUCGAGAGCUAAUGGGAUUUUUGACGUGACAGCCAAUUAUCACGUGACACUUUCAGCGCUAGUGAUUGGCCAAGUUCAUAGGGGCUUGUACAACAUGGCUACUCGGAGUGAAUUUCCUGUCGGUGCCAUAUCGCCAAUGCUUAACUUCAUCUUCUCGGCUUUCAUAACUUCACAGAAUUUUUUACACAUUUUUCUGCGAUGACUGUCGUAUAUCAUUUUUCUGUGUAUACUUAGUGGCAGAUUUUAUGUUCACUUUGACACUUCUUGUUACGUCCGGGAAAGCAUUUAAUAAAUCCUUGUGUGUUCUUGGGUCAGAAUUUUGUUUGUAUUAUUCUGUACCUUGUUGCGAAGUAAUGAUGAUCAUGACGUAAAUCACCAGUGACUUAGCUAAAUGUACCUAUAAUAUCUUAUUAAUAUUGUAUCAUAUAUGAAUUACCUACCAACUUUGUGUGGUCAGACGUAUUUACGUUUAUAAUAAGAUUUUUUUAAAGAAACAUUCCGUUGUGAAAGCUUUUUAGAAAUAUCAUUUUGAACUCGUUUUAAGUAUACUUUCAUCUUUUUUUCAGUUUACGUACAUUGUCUUUCUUAAUCGAUACUGUUCCUUCAUUACUGACCAUAUUUGGAAAUAUCUUCAUCUCUUGCUACCUCUAGGUACAUAAGGCUUUUGUGUAUAUUAUGGAUUGUUAUACAUGUAUAGUAUGCAAUGUUCCUCUUACAUUCCAGUCGGUCUAGUAACUCCCAAAUGCUUAAUACAUUUAGUUUGUGACAAAAUAAUCAAAUCAGUUUUAGUCAUGAGUGAUUAAAAGACUUUUUUACGUAUACGAGUCAUCGAAAUGGAUUUCUUAUUAGUGUCGUAUAAUUCUUGGUAU